GUUUUGUUUUCUUUGUGUUUCCGAAAAUUUGAUUUCGUCGCUGGGCCGGAAGAAUUUGUUCCUUCGUCUCCGUUUUCCGAUUCUCUGUGUAAAUUUCUUUCCAUCUCCGCCAUGUCCAGGGCAGAGAUGGACCAGCUCACCUCCGGGGCGAGCAAUCGGAUAAUCCCGAUUCUCAAAACCCUCAGGAACUCUCUCAUUUUCAUCCAUACCUUAUUCCUCUCUCUGCUUCUCCUCCUUUGGCCUCGUCGCCGCCGAUCGCCGGCGCAAUCACCGCCUCGGCGUCUACCGCUCAGUCCUCCGUUNAAGAAGAGGCGGUUGGUGUGGAGGAGAGAGGAGGAAGAUACCCAGAGGCGGAGGGCGUUGGCCGAGGGCAUCCAAAUGGGCGUGGACAUCGGCGAUGGAGAGUCUCGCUGCCGUUGGAGUACGUCGUUGUUCUACGGGGUUAAGAGAAACGCUCUGUUUUGCCGCUCCUGGUUGCCGGAAUCCGGUGAAUUGAAGGGUAUUUUGAUCAUCAUUCAUGGGCUUAACGAACACAGUGGAAGAUAUGCUCAUUUUGCCACCCAGCUAACUUCUUGCAACUUUGGCGUUUAUGCAAUAGAUUGGAUAGGCCAUGGUGGAAGUGAUGGAUUACAUGGAUUUGUUCCCUCUCUUGACCAUGUCGUUGCUGAUACUGGGGCUUUCUUAGAAAAGAUUAAAUCUGAGAACCCUGAAAUUCCAUGCUUCCUUUUUGGCCACUCGACUGGAGGGGCCGUUGUUUUAAAGGCUGCAUCAAAACCUCACAUAGAAGAAAUGGUGGAGGGAAUUAUUCUGACUUCACCGGCUCUGCGUGUUAAGCCUGCACAUCCUCUCGUCAGGGCUCUAGCUCCAAUCUUUUCCAUUGUGGUUCCAACCCUCCAGUUCAAAGGUGCAAACAAGGGAGGCAUCCCAGUUUCAAGGGACCCUGCAGCACUCUUGGCAAAAUACUCUGAUCCAUUAGUCUACACCGGACCGAUCAGAGUCCGAACAGGCCACGAGAUCUUGCGGAUUUCGUCAUACUUGAUGCGAAACUUCAAGUCGAUCAACGUCCCGUUCUUCGUCCUCCACGGGACAGCAGACAAGGUGACCGAUCCCCUGGCAUCCCAGGAUCUGUACAACGAGGCAGCUUCGGAGUUCAAAGAUAUAAAGCUGUAUGAAGGGUUCUUGCACGACUUGCUGUUCGAGCCUGAGAGGGAGGAGAUUGCUCAGGAUAUAAUCAAUUGGUUGGAGAAAAGGUUGAGUUAUGGGCUUGAAAAUGGCAGUAGCCUCUUGUAAAAUGGAGGAGCAUUAUUUUCAAUUGCUUGGAGAAAAAAUAGUUUAUUGUGCUUGUUUUAGUGGUUAAUUCUAAUGGAAAUGUACGAAAUUUGUAUAUCCAUAGAUGAACUUUACUUUUGAUGGUAAUUAGUUCCUUUUUAUAUUUAAAAAAAAAAAAGAAAAAAGAAAAUUUAAGAUCUUUUA